GUCCGAACCCAUUCCUGGUCCUCCUGGACUGCCAUUGAUUGGAAACUUGUCCGAUAUUGACCCCGAGAAUCCUCUUCAGUCCAUGAUCAACUUGACCGAAACCUAUGGUUUGUAUACGUUGAACCCGUACACUUGUAUACGAUGUGAGACAUGUUCUAACUCGCAACAGGGCCCAUAUGGAAAUUCCAGCUCGGGACAUCGCCUCGGAUUGUCAUCGCGAAUCAAGCCCUGAUGAACGAGGUCUGCGAUGAAGAACGGUUCGCUAAGGUUGUGUCCAGCGCUCUGGAAGAGGUGCGCAAUGGCACACACGAUGGGCUGUUUACGGCGUAUGGCCCCGAAGAGAAGAACUGGGGUACGCGGCGUCUGUUCAUUGACAAUAAUCUCGCUCAAGUGUAUAGGAAUUGCCCAUCGGGUACUGCUGCCUGCGCUUGGCCCGUUGAGCAUUCGGAAUAUGUUUGAUGAAAUGCGUGAUAUUGCGUCCCAACUUGUCAUGAAAUGGUACGGUAAGACCCACUCUGAUGUAGACAGACACUCAUAUCUAUAGGGCUCGACACGGUCCAAACGCAGUCAUUCAAGU